AUGGAAACCGGAGCGAGUGGAGGAGAGAGUCUGAAAGAAGCGAGCGGCGGAGGGAGUGAUGCUCCCAGCAUCACUACGGUCCUGACCAUGACCACGCUGAGCACGGUGGCGAGGAACUCUCUGCCGCGCGUGUCGUACGUGACGGCGAUGGACCUGUUUGUGACCGUGUGCUUCCUCUUCGUGUUCGCCGCCAUGAUCGAGUACGCCAUGCUCAACUACUACGCCUACAACCACCGGCCGCCGCCACGCUCGCGCAGGAUGGUAAGCUAG